GCAUUACCGGCAAAGAGUUGUUUCCAUUGACUGAAUUGAAGACUACUUAGGCACAAAGCUUUACUCCAGACUUCAGGUAAAAUGGCGUCAAGGAGAAGCCAACACAAUGAACAACUCAAAGGCAAAGUUUGUGUCGUGACCGGAGCCAGCUCUGGGUUGGGGGAGAGCAUCGCCAUCAUGUUCGCCCAGAGAGGAGCAUCUGUCACCUUAUGUGGCCGGAAUGAGGACAGGCUGCAGGCCUCUUUGACCUUGUGUGUCCAGGCCAGUGGAGGUCAAGCUGGCCGCUUUUUGGCCGUGAGCGGGGACGUUGUCGAUCCCUCUGCAAGGAAGGCGAUUGUGGAGAAGACGGUUGAGAAAUUUGGUCGUCUGGACGUGUUGGUGGCUAAUGCUGGUGUAGCAGAUCCCCAAUGUGGGAUUCUGACUGCUAGUGAAGAAACUUUUGAUAAAAUCAUGAACACGAACGUAAAAGCAGUGUUCUUCCAGAUCCAAGAAGCGGUGCCACAUCUGGAAGCGAGCAAGGGCAACAUUAUCGUUGUUUCAUCCGUGUCGUCAAAGAUAGCGAGCACACCCAACAUAGCGUAUCCGAUGUCAAAAGCGGCAGUUGAUCACAUGAUCCGAUGUCUGGCCGUCGACCUUGGGCCGAAAGAGAUCCGUGUCAACGCUGUGAAUCCUUCCUAUGUCCCUACCAGAAUUCACAGGGUGCCCAGUGAAACGGCGGGGGAGGCGCAAGAGUUCUUGUUGAACAUUGAAGCCAUGGUAGCUGCAAAGCAUCCACUCGGAAACAGAUGUAUCAGCAAAGACGCCGUAACCGAAGCAGUGUCUUUUUUGGCUUCCGAUGCCGCACGUUUUAUUACUGGUCAGUGCCUCCUGGUGGACGGAGGCAGACAUUUGAUGGGCUUCCUUCACCGCCCAGUCCCAAAAUAAGAGUUCUGAACAUCGACAGGGGGUAUCUCGGAUGCACAUAAAUGUAUUCGUGUAUUUUAACAAUAAAUGUACAGAUAUCAUGA